CGCAUGGACCGAACGUUUUACCCCCACCAGCCAAUCGGGUGAAUCCUAUAAAUGCUCUCCACGUUCCUCGAGACGAAGAAGUCACCUCUCUCGGGACCACCAAGCGCACCCGCGAGACAUGUGUCCGUGUUGAGUGUCCCAUUGCGCACGGUGACCAGUUUUUUGGUUCAGAAAGGCCAAAAAAUAUAAGAUCGCGACCACGAAAGAUGCGAAUCUUGUGGAUUGCCACAAUAGUGGCAGUGCUCUCCACAUACCAUGCGCAAGCAUCGAGUGAGAAGAGCAAAAGGGCGAUAGCAAGCAAUGGAGGCUAUAUCUAUGAGCCACCAAAUGAAAUAUUCACGCUACCCCCGAGACCAACGUCGAGACCACCGACAGCAGUGACUCAUGGAUAUCCAACAUCGCAUGCAUCAUCAAGCACACUGCGUCCUGUAACAACGGCACCAUAUACCUAUCCAACACCACAAAAAUUCACAACGUCACGCACACCAUCUUAUCCUUAUCCAACUCCAUCACAACCAACAAAAAGUCCACCAUCAAAGACUACAGGAUAUUAUUAUGAAACUCCUAGCAGGCCAUAUACGCCACCUCAGACAACAUCAUAUGUUCCACCAAGGACUGAUCGUCCUGCAACAACACCAGGAUUUUCACCUCGGCCAACUUUACCAACGCAAAGGCCAACGAUAGGACCAUCUCCAGGGUAUAAUUAUCCAACACCUGAAAAUCCACUUCCGCUGCCGCCUCAACGACCGUCUUCACGCCCUCAACCACCCAGAACCCCAGCGCCACCUCCACCUUUCCCACCACAAACACCAAGGCCUCCAACUCCACCACCAUAUGUACCGCCAUCUCCCCCACAACCACCAAGGCCUCCAACUCCACCACCAUAUGUACCUCCAUCUCCUCCACAACCACCAAGGCCACCAACUCCACCACCAUAUGUACCUCCAUCUCCUCCACAACCACCAAGGCCACCAACUCCACCACCAUAUGUACCUCCAUCUCAGCCACCAAGACCUCCAACUCCACCACCAUAUGUACCCCCAUCUCCUCCACAGCCACCUAGACCCCCUACUCCACCACCAUAUAUACCCCCAUCUCCUCCACAGCCACCAAGACCUCCAACUCCACCACCGUAUGUACCUCCAUCUCCUCCACAACCUCCAAGACCACCAACUCCAUCACCAUAUGUACCCCCAACUCCACCACCUAGGCCCCCACAACCAUAUUUACCUCCAUCUCCUCCACAGCCUCCAAGACCUCCAACUCCCCCACCAUAUGUACCUCCAUCUCCUCCACAACCACCAAGACCACCAACCCCACCACCGUAUGUACCUCCAACUCCACCACCUAGGCCUCCUACCCCACAACCAUAUUUACCUCCAUCUCCUCCACAGCCACCAAGACCUCCAACUCCACCACCAUAUGUACCUCCAUCUCCUCCACAACCACCAAGACCAUCAACUCCAUCACCAUAUGUACCUCCAACUCCACCACCUAGGCCUCCAACUCCACCACCAUAUUUACCCCCAUCUCCUCCACAGCCACCAAGACCUCCAACUCCACCACCAUAUGUACCUCCAUCUCCACCACAACCACCAAGACCACCAACUCCACCACCAUAUGUACCUCCAUCUCCUCCACAACCACCGAGGCCUCCAACUCCUCCACAACCGCCAAGACCUCCAACUCCUCCACAACCACCAAAGCCUCCAACUCCACAGCCUUACCCUAAACCAUCAACGCAGGGCGGCUCGUACUUACCUCCAGACGAUCAAAGUACUUCAAGAUAUACCACUGCCCACACAACACCAAGGUCAUUUCCAACAACACAAAGAACUCCAUUUACUACCUUGUCCACAUCUAGUACACCGUAUUAUCCAACAAUACCAAGUACGCGACCUCCGCCAUACCUCCCACCCUCUUCUCCCACCGCGCCACGUGUUACGGUAACUCCACCGCCUCCACCAACUCCAAUUUACACUCUCGUGCCAACAUCGACUACCUAUACUGCGCCACCAACCGGUAGACCAGCUCCACCACCAACUUUACCACCAACCACAAAGAGGCCUAUUGGUUAUUUCUACGAUGUACCAGAGAAUCCACUGGAAUUACCACCCUUCGUUCGAUGAGAAUAGGCAAUGUUUUUGCCCUUUUUGUUUGUAAUUUUCAAAUGUAUAGUAUACAAAGCUAUUUAUGGAUCACCAUAGAAAAUGAUAAGUAAUCUGUAAUCGAAAAAUGGGUGAAAACGAUAUGACAGGUUUGCUGUAUAUAUUAUAUCCAGUAGCUUGUACCAUAUACGUUUAACUAGAAUGGUAAUUAUUAUAAGUGUAACUAAUGCUUCGAACAAAGUCGUAAAGUAGUUUCCAAUGAAAUGAUUGGAAUGAUAAUAAUUGAUUUAAAAAGCUGAUGAUGCUGUGUUACAUUUGUAUAAGAAAAAUACAGUGAAUAUAAGAUAAAAUGGAUGCACAUAACUUUGUACAUCUGACACAUGCAUAUUAUAAAAGAAAUAAA